AUGGUAGAGAGUAACAAGACAUUAAAGAAAGAAGGGCAAAAUCUCUAUGGGGAAAGAAAAAAUGUUCGGGUAAAUAUUGAGUAUGUUUCGGCUAAUCCGACUGGUUAUUUGCAUUUAGCACAUUUUCGUCAUGCUUUUAUUGGUGAUGCUUUGGCUAAUGUUUAUCAAUUUUGUGGUUAUGAAGUAGCAAGAGAAUACUAUGUUAAUGAUCGCGGGGGGCAAAUCGCUUCUCUGGUUUAUUCUAUUUAUCUCCUUUAUUGUCAGCAGUGGGCGAAAAAUGUUACUGAUAAAAUGGGAGGGACAAAAAGCGAGUAUGUUUUGAGUAGAGCGAGCCAAGAAAUAGCAAAAAAACUGGUGGAGGAAUGGGGCGAUAAAUACCUUAAUGAGGAACUAAAGGGAGAAGUUUUUGAUGCUUGA